AUGGCAACUUUAACUCAACCACCAGCGUCAGUUCUGCAAGGUUCUGAUAUCCCCACCUAUCACCAGGUCCCGGAGACCUCUUAUGAUUUGGACUGGGCAGACCUCGCUACCUUGGAUUUGUCUCAAUUCGAUCAACCGGGCGGCAAGCAGCAGUUGGCAAAACAGCUUUUCGAUGCGAUUCAAAAUAUAGGCUUCUUCUAUAUCGUCAACUUUGGCCUCUCCCAGGAAGAUGUUGACCGCCAAUUCUCAAUUGGCAAAGAAUUUUUCAAUCUUCCGAUAGAGGAGAAGCUCAAGUAUCGCGCCGAGCUUGAGAAGGGUGGUUAUAAUGGCUACAAGCCAGCGGGUCUCCGGGAGAUCAGCCCCGGCGUAUUUGACAAGACCGAAAUCUUCAACAUCCCAAAGUUCAUCCCCGAACUCGAACGUCCACAACCAGAAAUUGUGAACAAUAAUCGCCCCAUAAUCGAGAGCUUCGCACGCCAGAUUCACGACGAGAUCGUGCGCAAACUCCUCACGCUCUUCGCCAUCAUCCUCGAGCUACCCGAGGACCACUUCCUCAAGGUACAUCGGUACGACGAGCUAAGCGACUGCCACCUGCGGUAUAUGAAGUACGGCCGUCGCUCCGAAGAAGAAAAUGAGAAAGCAGCGGGCAUCUGGUCGAAAGGCCAUACCGACUUUGGUAGCUUGACUCUCCUGUUCCGCCAACCGGUUGCUGCGCUGCAGGUUCGCACUCCGGAGGGGGAGUGGAAGUGGGUCAAGCCUCAUCCGGGAAGCAUUACGGUCAAUCUUGCCGAUUCGCUUCACUUCCUCACCAAUGGUUUUCUCAAGAGUAGUAUACACCGCGUUGUUGCACCGCCGCCAGAUCAGAGGGAUGUGGAUCGGUUGGGGGUCUUGUAUUUUGUUCGGCCUGAGGAUAGUCUUGAGCUGCGGCCUGUUGUGAGCGAAGUGUUGCACCGGUUGGGGUAUGAUCAGACGACUGAUAAUAGUGCUAUUGGAAUUACUGCUGGGGAGUGGGUGAAGGCUAGAGUGGCGAAGGGGGUUGAUAAAGGAUUGGCACGGAGUGAGAUUGGGGAUCAGCCAAUUAUUGGUGGUGUUGUAGCUAAAUACUAUGAUUGA